AUGUUAACAUUGAAAUAUUUUUCUUUAUUCGUCGUUUUUCUACUAGCAGUGGUUCUUAAUAAACAAGUCAAAAGUCUCGAACUCGAUCGAUAUCGUCAAGAAGCUUUAGCUCAACAUAAUAUCUAUCGAGCACAAUGUAAGGCUGAUGCUUUACAAAAAAAUUCAACACUCGAUCAAAUAGCUCAAAGCUGGUGUGAACAAUUAGCUGCAACAAAUCAAUUUAAUCACAGUGGUACAGUAGAUUAUGGUGAAAAUAGUUAUAAAAAAGCUCCUUUUGACUUCAAAAAUGAUAAUGGUGCAACACCCGUUACAGCUUGGUUUAGUACAAGAUCGAAAUAUAGUGAUGCUAAUCCAGCCGAUGCUUUAGAUUUUACACAAGUUGUUUGGAAAAAUACAAAACUAUUUGGUUUAGGUGUAUGUAGUAUACCCAAUAAUGGCGUACUUUUUGUCGCUAAUUAUUAUCCAAGAGGCAACUACAAAGAUCAAUUCACUCAAAAUGUUAAUUGUUAA